CGAUUAGAUAACCCAUACAUGGAUUUAAAUAAAUCGAUAAAAACAUUGGAUGAUCUGCGCAUGUUUAGCAUGCUCGGCAAGAGUUUGGUUAUGGACAAUAUUUUUCGUAUGUGUAUGUUUGGUUGACUAAUUUCAGAGCGCCAUCCAUCGAUCAGCUGUUUUUUGCUUAAAUUUUGGCUAAAAUAAUGGAAAAGAAUAUUUUUGGCAUGUUACUUGGAUUCGAAGAUGAACCCAUUAGUGAAAAAUACAAGAAUCAAGUCAACUUUACCGUUAACAAAAUCGGAGGAAAGCCAGAUUAUCCAUCAAAUAUAAAAUUGGAUCCUCCAAUUUGUCCAUUAUGCCAGCUUCCAAGACCUUUGGUUGUGCAAGUUUAUGCUCCAUUAGAGAAUAUUACUGUUCACCGUACUCUUUAUUUGUUUGCUUGUAUCAAUCCCAACUGCUGGAACUUAAGUGAAAGCUGGAUCUGCAUCAGAGUGAAUUCCCAAGACCAAAUAAUCGAGACUACUGAAGAAACAGCUGCAAUUGGACCCAAGACAACCGCGGCAACAGAUUGGUGUGCAGAUGCAGAUGAUUGGGACGACGACAACAACGCAAAUUUUAAUGAAGAAAAUGGAAAUGUCAUUAGUAACAUAGAGAAAGUCUCUGAUGAAGAAGAAGAAAGCUGCUCACUGGAAGAUUCUCUGAGAUCCGGGUUCGUUAAUUUGAGUGUAGAUGAUAGAAACGCCAACAAAGGAGCACAAGGUGGUGCUGUAGGUCGAUUGCACUCCCCUCUGGCAACAGCUGAAAUCGAAGGAAAUGAAGGAGAAGUAAUAAGCAUCGACACUCCAACAUUCCCCCAACGUGACAUCGCUUCGCUUCUGCAAGAAGCUGCUCCACUUCCCCAGGAUAUUUGCCAAUUGGACACGAGAAGAUCGUCUUUGAUUCAGUUUUCACCCUACUUCAUGUCAGUCUGGGAAGAAACUCAAGAAAAGCAAUCUGGAAAUGUUAGUGACAGACAUGUUAAGGAGUUAUUGCAAGAUUAUCAACAGAAGAAUGACGAGAAUCUUCACUCAGGAAGUCCUGAGGGUGGAGGAGCUGUAGGUGGUGAAGAAUUUGAAAAAUACGAGAAAAGCAAUCCAGCUCACGGAGAUAAGAUGUUUCAUCAUUUCCUAUCCAAAAUACAAAGUAAUCCGGGCCAAAUUUUGAGGUACAGCAGAGAAUCUGUCCCGCUACUUAUCUAUCCCCUCCAAGAAGCGCCCAAGAAGUGCCAAUACUGUCAAGGAGAUCUCGUCUUCGAAUUUCAAGUUAUUCCAACCAUUAUUUCCAAACUAAAGCUAAUAACCGAUCCCAAGCAGAUCGCCAGACUGGAAUUCGGGACCGUUCUGAUAUACACUUGCCGAAAAAGUUGCUGGUCUUCUGACACUACUUUUAGACUUGAGACUGUGAUUUUACAAAGUGAACUUUACUAGAAUGAGACACUAUUAUAAACUGAAGAAAAUAUUAAAAUUAUUUCCGUUUCAA